GAGAUCUUGUCUUUUUCUACUUCCCAUGUAGAUUAGAUCCAUGUCUGUCUCUCUUAGUGUCCUCAUUGUUGUCUAGGUUCUCUGGGAUUGUGAUUUGUGGGCUGGUUUUCUUUGCUUUAUGUUUUAAAACACUUAUGAGUGAGUACAUGUGAUAAUUGUCUUUCUGUGUCUUGGUUACAUCACUCAAAGUGAUUUUUUUUAUUCAUUUUAUCCAUCCAGUUCUUGAUCUUGGCAAAUGGAGCAUGCAGUUGUGCUUUCUUCAUUGAUCCACAUCACUGACCGAGAACAGAACCCAUUACUUUCAAAUAUAAAUGCCUUCUUGUCCCCUCAAAGAAAUCCUGAUCCCGUGUUCUGAAGAAUCUUCGCUCAAACAUGGCCCCGAGCAGAGCGAUGUUUUCUUUUGUGUGUGCUUUGUUCUUCAGUGUAGCCCUACUGCCGUCAGGGUCCUGGGCAGGACUUGAGUAUUCCCAGUCAUUUCCAGGAGGUGAAUUUGCUGUGUGUGAGACCUGCUGGCUCGGUCGGGGGAAAUGCAGGACGGUGUGCUUGGAAAGUGAGAAGAUUGCAGGAAGGUGCAAGCUGAACUUCUUCUGCUGUCGGGAGAGGAUCUGAACAC